AGGCUGAGGGGACAGACGGACACGGGACGCCGCCGGGACCGACCGCAAGGAGCCGAUGUCCGCGCUGGGCGAGCCCUGUGCCGGCCCAGGGACAUGGAACCAGACGGAGCCAGAACCUGCUGCUUUCCACCAGCUGAGCCUUUGCUUCCUGAAAGCGGCAGGGGCUUGGGUGCCCCCUCUGUACCUCUGGGUGCUUGGCCCCUUCUACCUCCUCUACAUCCACCGCCAUGGCCGGGGCUACCUCCGGAUGUCCCCCCUCUUCAAAGCCAAAAUGGUGCUUGGCUUUGCCCUCAUCCUCCUGUGCAUCUUCAAUGUGGUUGUCCCUCUGUGGAGAAUCCAGCAGGGGAAGCCCCAGGCCCCGAACGUUCUUAUUCAUCCUACAGUGUGGCUCACCACCAUGAGCUUGGCCAUGUUCCUGGUCCACGUGGAGAGGAAGAAGGGCAUCCAGGCAUCCGGGGUACUAUUUGGGUACUGGCUGCUCUGUUGUCUCUUCCCAGCUGCCAGCACUGUCCAGCAGGCCUUGAGUGGGGACUUCCAGAGCGACCCCCUGUGCCACCUGUCCACUUACUUGUGUUUGUCUCUGGUCGUGGCUGAGUUUGUGCUGUCUUGCCUGGUGGAUCAGCCUCCCUUCUUCCGAAAAGACCCCCAGCUGGCUAACCCGUGCCCAGAGGCCGGGGCCUCCUUCCCCUCCAAGGCCGCAUUCUGGUGGGCUUCCAGGCUUCUCUGGAGGGGCUACAGGAAGUCACUGAGACCAGAAGACCUCUGGUCCCUUGAGCCAGAAAACACCUCAGAAGCACUUGUUUCCCAGCUGGAGAGGGAGUGGACAAGGACUCGAAGUGAGGCCCGGAGGGGCACCUCUGUGUUGACCCGCAGAGACCACAAGAGCCCUGUGGCUGGGGAGCUGGAGACCCUCUUGCCGCAGGGAGGGCACCCACGGGGCCCGCUGCUAAAGGCCAUCUGGAGAGUGUUCUGCUGCUCCUUCCUCUUGGGCACCCUCAGUCUUGUCAUCGCCGAUGCCUUCAGAUUCGCAGUCCCCAAGCUCCUCAGCCUCUUCCUGGAGUUCAUGGGCGACCCCCAGCUCCCCGCCUGGCAGGGCUCGCUGCUCGCGGGGCUGCUGCUGCUCUCGGCCGGCCUGCAAACGCUGUUCGAACAGCAGCACAUGUUCCGGCUCAAGGUGCUGCAGAUGCGGCUGCGUGCUGCCCUCACCGGCCUGGUGUACCGGAAGGUCCUGGUUCUGUCCCCGGGUGCCAGGAAGUCCACUGCUGUGGGAGACGUGGUCAACCUGCUCUCUGUGGACGUGCAGCGGCUCAGUGACAGCGUGCUCUACCUCAACGGGCUCUGGCUGCCGCUGUUCUGGAUCUGCGUCUGCUUCACCUACCUGUGGCAGCUCCUGGGGCCAUCUGCCCUCACUGCCAUCAUUGUCUUCCUGGGCCUCCUUCCUCUGAAUUUCUUCAUCUCCAAGAAGAAGAGCCACCAUCAGGAAGAGCAGAUGAGGCAGAAGGACUCCCGGGCGCGGCUCACCGGCUCCAUCCUCAGGACCAUGAGCACCAUCAAGUCCCAUGGCUGGGAGGAAGCCUUUCUGGAGAGGGUCCUGCGCAUCCGGGGCCAGGAGCUGGGCGCCCUGAGGACCUCCACCCUCCUUUUCUCUGCGUCCUUGGUGUCCUUCCAAGUGUCUACGUUUCUGGUUGCGCUGGUCGUGUUUGCCGUUCACACUCUGGUGGCUGAGGAGAACGCGAUGGAUGCAGAGAAGGCCUUCGUGACCCUCACGGUGCUCAGCAUUCUCAACAAGGCCCAGGCCUUCCUUCCCUUCUGCAUCCACUGUGUCGUCCAGGCCCGGGUGUCCUUUGACCGCUUGGCCACCUUCCUCUACCUGGAAGAAGUGGACCCUGGCUCCGCGGCCCGGAGUCCCUCCAGAUGCCCCCCUGGGAAGAGCUGCACCACCAUACAGGAUGGCACCUUCGCAUGGUCCCAGGACAGCCCUCCCUGCCUGCACAGGAUCAACCUAACUGUGCCCCAGGGCUGUCUGCUGGCUGUUGUGGGUCCAGUGGGGGCAGGAAAAUCGUCCCUGCUUUCUGCCCUUCUUGGGGAGCUGUCAAAGCUAGAAGGGUCCGUGAGCAUCCAGGGUCCAGUGGCUUACGUGCCCCAGGAAGCCUGGGUACAGAACACCUCGGUCGUGGAGAAUGUGUGCUUCCGGCAGAAGCUGGACCUCCCGUGGCUGGAGAGAGUGCUGGAGGCCUGCGCCCUGGGGCCGGAUGUGGACAGCUUUCCUGCUGGCUUGCAUACCCAGGUUGGGGAGCAGGGUAUGAAUCUCUCUGGAGGCCAGAAGCAGCGGCUGAGCUUAGCCCGGGCUGUGUACAGAAAGGCUUCCACGUACCUGCUGGAUGAUCCUUUGGCAGCCCUGGAUGCCCAUGUUGGCCAGCAUGUCUUCACCCGGGUCAUUGGCCCCCAUGGGCUGCUCCAAGGAACAACACGGAUCCUCGUGACCCAUGCGCUCCACGUCCUGCCCCUGGUGGAUCAGAUCGUGGUGCUGGCAGAUGGUGGCAUCACAGAGAUGGGCUCCUAUGAGGAGCUGCUGCACAGGAAGGGGGCCCUGGUGGCACUUCUGGAGGGAGCCAAACAGCCAGGAGGUGGCGAAGGUGGAGAAGCAGAAACUGCAAGCGGCACCAGUGAUGCUGGAGGUGGAAGGCCCGAACACAGACCGGAAAGGUUCAUAAAGUCACCCCCUAGGAGGGGCAACGUCCUCUCAGAAGCCCAGAAGAAAGCUCCUCUAGACGAUGCUGAGUGGGGAGGACAGCCAAUACAGGAGGGCAGUGUGCGGUAUGGCCGGGUGAAGGCUGCUAUGCACCUGAGCUACCUGCGCGCCAUGGGCUUCCCCCUCUGCAUCUACACACUCUUCCUCUUCCUCUGCCAGCAAGUGGCCUCCUUCUGCCGGGGCUACUGGCUGAGCCUGUGGGCGGAUGACCCUGUGGUGGACGGGCAGCAGAUGCAGACGGCCUUACGCGGCUGGAUCUUUGGGCUCCUCGGCUGUCUCCAAGCCAUCGGGCUCUUUGCCUCCAUGGCCGCAGUGUUCGUGGGCGGGAUCCAGGCAUCCAGCCUGCUCUUCCGGAGGCUGCUGUGGGAUGUGGCUCGGUCUCCCAUUGGCUUCUUUGAGCGAACACCUGUUGGGAAGUUGCUAAACUACUUCUCCAAGGAAAUGGACACGGUGGAUGUGGAAAUCCCAGAGAAGCUCCAGGCCCUGCUGACUUACACUUUCGGGCUCCUGGAGGUCUGCCUGGCAGUGACGACGGUCACCCCUCUGGCCAUUGUGGCCAUCCUGCCGCUGAUGCUCCUUUACGCUGGGUUUCAGAGCCUGUAUGUGGCCACCUCGUGCCAGCUGAGACGCAUGGAGUCAGCCAGCUACUCAUCUGUGUGCUCCCACGUGGCCGAGACAUUCCAGGGCAGUGCCGUGGUCAGGGCAUUCCAGGCCCAGCGCCACUUUGUGGCCCAGAGCGACGCUCUCAUGGAUGCGAACCAGAGGGUCAGUUUCCCACGACUGGUGGCUGACAGGUGGCUUGCGACCAACCUGGAGCUCCUGGGAAAUGGCUUGGUGUUCGUGGCUGCCAUGUGUGCCGUGCUGAGCAAGGCCCACCUCCGCGCUGGCCUCGUGGGCUUCUCCGUCUCGGCUGCCCUCCAGGUGACCCAGACCCUGCAGUGGGUCGUUCGCAGCUGGACAGACCUGGAGAACAGCAUGGUGUCUGUGGAGCGGGUGCAGGACUACGCCCAAACGCCCAAAGAGGCUCCCUGGACACUGCCCACCUGUGCAGCCCGGCCCCCCUGGCCUCAUGAGGGACAGAUCGAGUUCCGGAACUUUGGGCUGAGACACUGGCCCAAGCUCCCCCUGGCUGUGCAGGGUGUGUCCUUCCAGGUCCAUGCAGGAGAGAAGGUUGGCAUCGUGGGCAGGACAGGGGCUGGGAAGUCCUCCCUGGCAGGAGGCCUGCUGCGGCUGCAGGAGGCUGCGGAGGGUGGCAUCUGGAUCGACGGUGUCCCCAUCGACCAGGUGGGGCUGCACACUCUGCGGUCCAGGGUCACCAUCAUCCCACAGGACCCCGUCCUGGUCCCCGGCUCUCUGCGGAUGAACCUGGACCUGUGGCACGAGCACGGUGAUGAUGUGCUUUGGGCAGCGCUGGAGAGCGUGCAGCUCCGAGCCUUCGUGGCCAGCCUGCCCGGCCAGCUGCAGUACGAGUGUGUGGAGCACGGUGACGACCUGAGCGUGGGUCAGAAGCAGCUCCUGUGUCUGGCACGUGCCCUUCUCCGGAAAACCCAGAUUCUCAUCCUGGAUGAAGCCACAGCCUCGGUGGACCUGGGGACAGAGGUCCAGAUGCAGGCGGCCCUCGGGGACUGGUUUGCGCAGUGCACAGUGCUGCUCAUUGCCCACCGCCUGAGCUCCGUGAUGGACUGUGCCAGGGUGCUGGUCAUGGACAACGGGCAGGUGGCUGAGAGUGGCAGUCCAGCUGAGCUGCUGUCCCAGAAGGGACUGUUUUACAGGCUGGCCCAGGAGUCAGGCCUCAUCUGAACUGGCCUCCCCACUGUCCCUGCUGGGUCAGCCCCAAAACCAGCUGUGCCCUGGACAAACCAGUGACCCAGGCUGUUCAUGGCCCAGGUAGUAUCAUGGUCUGAGAGAGGAAAAUGGCAAAGAAAAGUGUCUGAGGACACCCAGCAGGCCACAGCCACCACCAACCUGAGGAGACCCAGUAGGCCACAGCUACCCCUGAGCUGAGGAGACCCAGAAGGCCACAGCAACCCCUGAGCUGAGGAGACCCAGAAGGCCACAGUCAUCCCCAAGCUGAGAUGACCCAGCAGGCCACAGCCAUCCUUGAGCUGACUGGGGCAAGGCCCAUGCCGCCUUGUCCACCCUGGAACCAACAUCAACAGUGGCUUGCAGUCCUGGUUGCUUGCAGGCCUCACACUGAGGGCAGAAAAACAUGUCUGCACCUGGUUCUAUGCCUGAUGAAUUAAAUCAGAAUUCAAGGGGCUGA